AUGUUUGCCUUUACCACUGUCUUCUCCCUUGUGGCCACUACCAUUACCUUCGUCCAGUCUAGUCCAACCAUCUAUCCAGAUGUCAUUCCAGGACCGGGGUUCCCUACCCUAGAGUCCCUCAACCUCACAUCAAAGGAUCUCUACACAAUGAAGCCCCCAUUCAACUCGUCUCUCAAUGCACGCAGCGCAAACUUUGACGCCGAAUGCUUCACUUUUACUACAGCAGACAUCUCCAACACCAUAGCAUGCUACAAUUACCUCGCGAGCAUCCCCAACAAUGCAUGCACCGUUCCAGGGGACAACGUCGUAUUCUGCACCGCAGGCGACGCGUCUAUCGGCGGGUCGAACCUCCACCAAACGGCCGGCGCGGCAUCUUCGCCUUGCGUGGACGUAUCGUACGCUGUCCAGUGGAUAUUCACGAACUGUGUGGAUGGGAGUGGAAGAGUUGGUGGCGCCGAUGCAGCAUUUGGGAAUGGGGAUUUGGUUGUUGGAGUUUACAACGUCAAUUGGGUGUAA